AUGGAAAACAUAUCAACUUUUACAACAUUCAUUCUGGAUGGUUACGCUAUCAUGGACCAGCAGAAGCAUUUGUACUUCAUUGUUUUCCUUUUUCUCUAUGCUGCAAUUUUUCUACUGAACUCACUUCUGAUUGUAGUCAUCUACUGUGAAAGGACAUUGCAUGAGCCUAUGUAUAUCUUUGUGUGCAAUCUAUCAUGUAAUGCCUUCUAUGGUAGCACAGGUUUGAUUCCUCAUAUUUUAUUUAACCUCGCUACUCAGCUGCAUAAGAUAUCUCUGGCAAAUUGUCUAAUACAAAUAUUCUGCCUGCACACUUUCAAUAUUAUUGAACUAACUAUAUUAGCUUUUAUGGGCUAUGACCGAUACAUUGCAAUUUGUCACCCACUGCAUUAUCACACCAUUAUGUCUCAAAGAAAACUUAAGAUUUGUGUGAUAUUUACCUGGGUUUAUCCUUUCAGUUCUUUUCUGUUAUAUGAGUUGUUAACAAUUCGCUUGACCUUCUGCGGUGCAGUUAUAAGCAAGACACACUGUGCAAAUUUUGAACUUAUUAAACUCUCUUGCACAGACAUCACAAUUAACAGCAUAGUCGGGCUUUUAACUAUGUCUAUUUUUAUGUUUCCUCAGAUCCUCAUGAUAUUGUUUUCUUAUGCACAGAUUUUGCGAGUGUGCAUUUAUUCUAAAGAAUCCAAAAUAAGAGCGAUUCAAACCUGUACACCUCACCUUCUCUCUGUCUUGAAUUAUUUUGUUGGAAUUUUCUUUGAAAUUAUACAAAGUCGCUUCAAUAUUAGCUAUUUGCCUCAUGACUUUCGGACGUUCAUGUCUCUAUAUUUUAUGUUAUGCCCACCUCUGUUCAAUCCUAUUGUUUAUGGAAUGAGUGGUCGGUUGAUAAGGAAUCAUGUUCGUCGAAUUUUCUUCUGUAGAACGGUGACUGUGUUAAACAUCAAGUAUUGA